AUGCCAAAGUUCGCCAAAUUUUUAAAAGGUAUUAUUUCUAACAGACGACAGAAGAGUGACUUCGAGACUGUAGCAUUGACGGAGAAGUGCAACACUCUUCUUACGGCAGACACUCCCCCGAAGCUUCAGGAUCCAGGAAGUUUUUCUAUACCAUGUAAGAUUGGCUCUGAGCUCAUACACAAGGCUUUCUGCGACUUGGGAGCGAGUGUUAGCCUACUUCCAUACUCGUUAUGCAAGAAACUAGGACUCCAGAACAUCAAACUUACUACUAUAGCACUACAAUUGGCUAACCAUUCACGUAGACACCCAAUGAGUAUAGUGGAAGAUGUGCCAGUAGAGAUAGGUGGAUGUAUCGUUCCCGCAGAUUUUGUUGUCCUGGAUAUGGAGGAGGAUCCCAAGAUUCCAAUCAUCCUAGGAAGACUAUUCCUUUCCACCGCUGGAGCCCUCAUCGAUGUGAAACGUCAUAAUUUAUCCUUGGAGAUCGAUAAAGAAAGGUUAGAAUUCAAUUUAUCUGAUUCUCCUAAUUACAUCUCUUCUUUUCAGGAAAAUGCCAGCAAGUCAAAUGUACACAAAGCUGAGGAAUGCAGUUUCCAUGGAAGGCCGCUGGACAUGAUGCAUGAUUCGGCAAAACUUGAGAGGUCACCCCCAACAAGCAAUAAAAAGUAUAUUUGUCCUGCACGAGUGAAACUGAAGGCGUAA